AUGUCAUUCCUUUGCCGAAACCCACUCAAUCAAUUUCAAAACAAGUCUUCGAUCGCUCUUGUGUUGAUGAUGAUGGGUGGCGGUGGUUAUGGUGGUUGUGGUGGAUUCAAUUUGAGAAGAGGAUGCCUCACACGUGGACUCUCAUUUUCAAACCAAAAAAAUUAUCAUCACUGCUCGUACAGCUCCCUCGCUCAACAUCAUUCACUCGACCACAAGUCUCAUCAUCCUAAUCAUCAUACUCAAGAUCAAUCUGCAGCCUCUUGUAAAAUAACUAAUACUUUAGAAGAAAUGCCUACUACUCCAAAAACUCCAUUUCCAUCCAUGAAUUUUCCUCCAACUAGCUCGGAUCUCAGAAAGCUCGACACAUUGGCAAAUUAUGAGUUGCCAGAUAAAUAUAGAAGACCGGUAGAACACAGAAUUUUUGUUAAUCGUAGUGUAAAUCUUGAUCAUAUCGAAUACUAUGGAUUUGAUAUGGACUACACCAUGCUUGUGGAAAGUAAAGGUUACCCAGCAGAGAUUCUUCAAAUUAAUUACGAUCCCUCCUUUGCUGUUCGUGGAACUUUUCUUGACAAGCGUCAUGGUAAUAUUCUCAAAGUAGACCAUUUCGGAUUUGUUUUGCAAUGUGUGCAUGGCAAGAAGAUCAUCAAAAAAGCUGAAUAUGAAAAGAUGUAUCCUGAUCAUCUCAUUCAUCCUGAUGAGGAAAUGGGACGAAGAUACUUUUGCUAUGACACUUUAUUUGGCAUUCCUGAAGCCAGUCUUUAUGCUUCUUUGGUGGAUUAUUUCGAACAAACCAACUUUUUAGCAAAGAGUGAGGCAGGAGGAAGUAGUCCAACCAGCUCCGACGAAGAUGUUGAUUCAUCCCAAAACGGCAAUGAAGCCAAGUUGAGCUAUUGGUCACUCUUCGAUGAUAUUAGAGAAACAUUCCACUCGAUCCAUAGUGACAACACCCUUAAGCAGGCCAUCAUGGCUGACUUGCCCAAGUAUGUCAAGAAAGAUGAGAGAUUACCACUUCUUUUCCACAGAAUGAGACAAGCGGGAAAGAAGAUUUUCUUAUUGACCAAUUCUGAAUAUUUCUACACAAAUGCUGUAAUGUCUUACUUGUUGGACAAAUCCAUCGAGGGAUACGAUAGGUGGACUGAUUUCUUUGACAUUGUCAUCACCAAUGGACAAAAGCCCAAGUUCUUCAGCAGUGAAGGUACUACCCUCAGAGAAGUUGAUCAAGCCACCGGACGUCUAAAAUUGUCUGCUGUGCAAGGGUUCAAGAAGGGUAGCGUUUAUUGUGGAGGCUCUUUCUCCUUGUUCAAAAAAUUCACCAAAACCAAGGGCUCAGAAGUGAUGUACGUUGGAGAUAAUAUUUUCCAUGAUAUUAUUGUGACAAAACAAAAUCGAUGUCUCUGGAGAACACUUUUGAUUGUAAGAGAAGUUGAGGAUGAAACAAAACAUUGGAUGACAAAUAGAAGCGCUGACAUCUGGAGUCAACUUAACACUCUAGAAUAUAUCAGAGCACAGAGCUUUAAGGAUCAGGAUUCUUCACAGCCAAUCGAAAAACACAAAAUCAAAUAUGAAGACGAAGAGGAUGGAAAUUUCCCAAUCAAGUAUCAAAUCAAGAAAGCCCAAGAGAAUUUGAAUGCACACUUUAAUCCUUACUUUGGUAGUGCUUUCAGAAGUGGUACUAGAGAGUCCUACUUUUGUACUCAAGUACAACGAUAUGCAGAUUUGUAUUGCAGUGACAUGGUUUUACUUUUGUACUAUCCAUUCAAUUACUAUUUCUCUCCAAUUCCAACUCUUUUACCACACGAAAGAGAGGCUCUCUAUCAAUUCGAAAAGGGUACUUCUCAAUAG